AUGGUGGUGCCAUGCUCACAGCACCGCCCUCCGCCGCGUCCGACGAGACGCGAGCCGCCACCCAUGCUGCCCGCCACGAGAGAUGCACGAGGGACAUCUACACUAAACAUGAACUGCAUCGCAGGACUGGUCCCUCCCUGCCGUCUCCCGCCUCUCCUCACUCGUUCUCGAGCAGAACAAAACUCUGGCUGCCCUGAUCCGUCCACGCGACCCCUUCCCCUUCCCCGUGUGCAGCAUGCGGGGCGCGCGCUGGUGGAGGGGCACGUGGUGGUGGAAAUUGGCGCGGGGCUGUGUGUGCAGUGCAUGUGUGGGCAUGCAAGUGGGAGGUGUCGCAAGAUCCCGAAUCUGCCCCUGUGGCCCAAUGAGAAAACCGGCAAGGCGUGGGGCCAGAGGGUGAGUCAGGGGCGAACGGGUGAGAGGCGUGGGAGCGAGGGGUGUGGGAUUAAGUGCAUCUCACGCUCCAUUCUCCACUGCCUUCAUCCGUGUGACUCAGCCAUGUUUCAGCACCACUCGCACCACUUGCACCCACCACUCCCCUCUGCUCUGCGCCUUCAUUCCAGGCACGCCCUCUCCUCUGCGCCUUCCUUUUAG